UUUCAUAGUACACAGUAUUCACACAGUUGGUUCAAGUGAACAAUUGAGAGGUUGUUGUGUUUUGUUUUUAACUAAUAAAAGCGAUUACUUUAGCUUCAUCAGAGACAUUAUUGAACAAUUCGGAUUUAGCAUCGUUUUGAAAACUGACGGAAUUAGUCAAAAUGCGUCUGAUCCAGAACAUGUCAACCAUCGCGGAGUUUGCGACCCCAGAGUGUCUGUCUAACCGGACCAUCAAAAUAGCGGUGAUUGGGGGCAGCGGAGUUGGCAAAACAGCUCUGGUAGUAAGAUUCCUGACAAGGCGCUUUAUUGGCGACUAUGAGAGAAACGCAGGAAACCUUUAUUCAAGAGAGGUCCAAGUGGACGGAGAGCAGGCAGCCAUCCAAGUCCAGGACACGCCGGGUGUUGAUGUGACAUGCAACGGCCUCAGCCUCCCUGAUCAUGUGACCUGCUCCAUCCAAUGGGCAGAUGCUGUGGUGUUGGUCUACUCUGUGACUGACCGCCAUAGCUUCGAUCUGAUUGGCCAGUUGCACCAGCUGGUGGCCCGUGCGGGCGGGGCCAACGUGCCUCCUGUCAUCCUGCUGGCCAAUAAGGCGGACCUGCUGCACAUGAGGCGGGUGGAUGCCGAACAGGGCCCCUUGUUGGCGGCGGCGCUGGGCUGCUCCUUCUAUGAGGUGUCAGCCAGCGAGGACUACAGCCAGGUGCAUGGGGCCUUCCACAGGCUGUGCUGCCACAUGGCCAAGCAGCAGCCCCAAGCCUCCCUGUCCUCCCACACCACAACUGGAGCAGGAGAAAAGAAGGGGCGCUCACCCCUCAUCCCCAGGCCCAAGUCCCCCAACAUGCAGGACCUGAAGAGGCGCUUCAAGCAGGCUCUGUCAGCUAAAGUCAGGACGGUCACCUCUGUGUGAGAAGUACUUUGGUUCGUCUACUACACAACAUGGUCCAGAGUGGCUACAGAAAAUAGAUUGAAUGAGGAGAAAUGAGGACAGAAGAUUCCUGUCUCGUUUAGGGACUCAAUCCUGUAUGGAUAGAGCAGCCUGACCUGCGUCGAGCAGCAGAGACAAAAUGGAGGCUCAACUUAGACCUCUGACCGAGGUCACUGUCUGACAGAGGUAAUGACCUGUGGGGCGAAACUGUUCACUGAGUCUGCAGACGUCUGCUAUGAGGGACAGCAGCUGGGAGGUGUUGGUAUGUCAGCCCACCAGAAGGGACAGAGGAGCUGAAUGAAGCCCAGACACACUCCAGAUUGUGUGAACACUGACAUCUUCUCCUGGUAACAAAAGCCUUGAAGGACACUGCACAGAGUAUUUUUAGCUGUCGGCAAUUUAGUUUUUUAACUUUUUUUUCUCAGGCUGCCACUGCAUGGCAAUGCUAAAAAAGCACUAGCAUUGUCAGACAAGUCAUGCACUUGAGUCAGAGUGCUGAGUUCGUUCACUUUUCAGUUUCUCAUCUGUCACAAUCUCCAGUUCCCCAGUGCAUUCCUUGUACAACAGCCAAAACCAUCAUUCUGCACAUCAUGGUAGUGAACUAUGAGUGGAAGGCAGGAUCACUGUGGGGCAGCAGGGAAUGGAUAUGGGGCUGGGUGGGAUGUUGGGGUUAUUUGUAAUGCACUUUAAGAAAGCCAAAUGGUUGACUUAUGUCAUAUUUUUGAAAAUAAAAUGAUUGCAUUCAUGAUGACUCUUGUCUUAUAACCUUAUGAGUAAAAUACAAACAACUUAUACGGGCCAGGUAAAGACCUAUGUAUUAUAGGUUAGGCUGUGUGUAGACAUUAUCUACUAUGAAGCAUACCCAUGAACAUAGUCCAGGCUCAUCCUCAGAGGUGCUGUUCCUCAACCUGGGUGGUGUGACCAAUGACAGUUGUAACCCUGGCAAAGACGCCACAAUGCUAUUAGUUAUGUGAAAGUUCCUGUCACUAGUGAGGUUCACAGUUCAUGCUGAUUUGAUCUGUGGUCUACUGUCCUAUGAUUGAGAAUAUCAGGCUCCAGUCAACAUGAAACACCCAUCUGAACAUGAAAAAAGAAGAAGCUUCAGGGCAGUUAAUGACAUGGAGAUGUGUAAAACUCAACUGUUGACCCCUGUUGGACAGACCAUGGCCUGUCAUUACCACAGAGGCCCUCCACAUUCAUCUGUCCUACACCUUAGCUCUCUCUCUGAGAACCCGAUGCAGAGUGUAAAUAAGUUAGUGUAGUGGUUUAAUUCUGUACUGUGCCAGAAUAGCAAGACGCAUCACGUUACUCUCACCUGUAAUGAGCUCACACAAUUGUUUCAUUUCACUCAAUGUAUUCAGAUUUAAUUCAAACAAAUAUAUUAAAGCAACUUGAUUUGAA